ACAAAUCAAUAGCACUGCGUUUUACCAGACUCUCUAUUCGGCGUAGCUUGCGGAGGCAAUACGAGUCUGGUUGAACGAGACUAUAUAACAAGGUGUCUGAUAAAAUCACAACAUCUCUACUCUGUAUGAGCCGGCCAAGCCAUUCCCGUCAAGGUACAUUACCCCCACUAACAAACACUGGAGGUCAAAGGGCAUGACUAUCCUACCUUAAAGUAAGGCAGACAAAACGCUGAGAAGCCGGAAGAGUAUGUAGAAGUGAAUUCUUCUUUCAUACACACGAGAUCAAGCAACAAGAAAUAAAAAGAUAUUUCAUACAAGGAUUGAAGUUUGUUGUAGCUGUCGAGAAAUAUUUGAUUGUUACACACCUCAAGAUGAAAAAGAAACACAAGAAGGACAAGAAAGAAAAGAAGGAAAAGAAAAAAGACAAAAAGAGCAAAGAAAAUGGAUAUUCAAAAGACGAUUUGUAUCUGUUUGAGCUUAGUGACGCUCAGAGUGCAAGUACUCCCAACAUCAAAAAUCUGCCAGAAGAGAGUGUUCCUCUUCGUCCAUCCCACCGCUCAAAAAGUCUCGACGAGCUCAGGGAUGAGGCACAAGAAAUAACAGACAUUAUGAUGGACAAUAUGGUUAAAAUCAGAGAUAGAGAAGGAAAACUCGACGAUCUCUGUGAGAAAGCGGAGAGCCUUAACGCAUCGACGGAGAUGUUCCAGAGGACCUCGGUGCGUAUACGAAGAAAACAAUGGUGGAAAAAUAAGAAAAUGACAAUAUUAUUGAUAGUUGUUGGUGCAUGCUUUUUGAUUCUGUUUACUGUUAUUAUAACACUUAGUGCCUCAGGCAAUAUCUAACCAUCUUUUCAAAUGCACUGGUAUAGUGUACCUCGCACAUUAAUAUGUUCAUAUGUUUGUAUUGGACAUAAUCAUACAAGUAAUACGUAAUGCAUGAGUCUAAUAAACACCUGUAUAUGUGUAACCCUGGUAAAUACUAGCCGCAAUAUAUCGCUCGGUAUAGAGAACUUCUCUUUAGCUCGAUCGGUUGAGCGUUAG